AUCCAAGAUGGCGGACAAUGUGGAUGUACAAAGCGCCUUGAGUUACAACACUUUGGCGGAAUGCUCCACCAGCAAAGCUCGAACUGCCAUCCUAACUUUACCGCAUUAUGAAGUAGAGACUCCUGUAUUUAUGCCAGUAGGAACACAAGGUACUAUGAAGGGAUUAACAACGAAGCAGCUUACAGAUCUAGACUGUCAGAUUAUUCUUGGCAACACUUAUCAUCUGGGAAUGAGACCGGUAAUUUUGUACUAAAGCUUGCUCUAUUUUUCAAUAACGUAUACAAAACAUGGACCCCCGGUCCAUGGACCACCUCUGUCCACCUCUGUCCACCUCUGUCCAUGGACCUCUUGGUGGACCGACGUACCCGGUCCAUAGAAUUUUUACAAGAGGUCUAAAGGAAUUUUAGUAACCUGAAAUGGACGAAACUUUGUCAAUUUAUAUCAUCACGAUUAAAGGCUCCUCAUCUUAUACCUGCCACCUCUCACGCCUGCGGGUUGAAAACUUCGAUCUCACGCCCGCUCACGCCUGCGGACCAAUUUCUCACGCCUGAUUGAAAAAUGUGAGUUGUUGCCGUCUUGCUUGACACAAUUUCCAAAAAUAUGUUAACUCAGACCCAUGUAAGGAACGAAAACCAUGUGUAAAAUGAAUAAAUGACAAUACCUUCCUCGCGAUCUCUGAUUUUGUGGAUAAGCGUUUUCUCGAUAACUUCGCCUUCGGCAGACUUCAGACAUCUUCGGAAGACUUCGGACUCCUUCAGGAAUCUUCGGAAAUGAUCGUGUCGUUUUCAAAAAUCCCAGCACUCGCAGGAUAAAAAUCUCACGCCUACAUCUCAGAAAAAGUUGGCAGGUAUAUCAUCUUAUUCACUUUCUCAACUAUUUUCUGAAUUCCAUACAUGGGUUAGGUUUAGCCUGGAAGGAGAAACUUUUUGAAGGGGACCUAAGGAGAGGUAGGGAGGAAGUAUUCAGUUAUGCAGCUUUUCUUGUGUGUGUGUCGUCUAGUUGCGUGAAGAUGGACAAAAAAAUGGUUGCGUAGGAAGACUUAGUGCAUUAUGAUUGAAUAUCCACCCCAGACUUCCCUUCCCUUGAUAGCCUAGUAUGGAAAUGUUUAUUGGUUGGUAAACUUGUUGAAUCCUGCUCACGACUCAAACACAAAAUGACCUGCAUAUUAUCAAACAAUGCGGUUGGUCAGACUUCUGACAAGUUUGCAUACACUUACAGUUUGGUUCAUGUAAAUUGCAAUUCAUUCAUUCUUGUCAUUACAAACUCGUGCACAUUAAGCUUCCUCUGUAGUCUCAUAUGCAGCCGUUUUUGUUUCUAUUUUCUCGCAUGAAGUGAGAAGACCAGGAAGAAAAGAAAGCCGCAAAUAAAGCCAAGCUUGCUUCAUUUCAAAAACAAACUGUAAGGGGGUGGUGGUGGAAAAGACCUCUCCCUUUCCACCCCAUCCCCUAAAGUUGAGGUCUUAAAUUAAAAUUAUCUCCUUGAUAUAACUGUAUCGUGGAACAUGAAACACCCAAUAAUGAUUGCGUAUAGGUUCAAUCUUAUGUUUAAUUUCCCUUAUUAACAUGUUUUGGUGUUAUUCUAUUUUAUCAGGGUACCAAGAUAUUAGAGAAAGCUGGAGGACUCCAUGGCUUUAUGAACUGGAAAAGAGCUCUCUUAACUGUAAGGGCUGCUAAUGUAUUUCAAUAACAAAACAAUAGUUUCAAUUAAUGGCAAAGCCUGAAUUUUUCAGGCUUUGUUAAUUUCAUUACUGCAAAAGUUGCAUCUGUAACUGCACUGAUCUUCUUUACUAUGAUUCGUCAUCACACAGUUCUAAUUAUAUGAUUUUAUAUAAUAAAAUUGUUUUAUUCAUUAUUUCAUCAUCAUCCUCUCAUGACCUUAUAAAAAAUCAACUAAAUGACCAGCUCAGAGUUGGCUUGUUAGCUUAGCUGUUAUUGCAGAGGUCAAGAAAAUGAUACCUAAAGGUGAACUCUGGGUGUCUUUUCAAGAAGGUGUCCAUAAAAUGAUGGUUCAGGAAGCAACACAAGUGCUCUCCAAUAGCCCAAAGCUAGUUGAGCAAACUGUUAGGCUUGCGUGUUUCCCUAUUAGAUUAUGAUGGGCAGAAACAUCUGCCCAGAUAAUGUAAUUAAGCAAGGGAAAACGUUUUCCAUGUUUGCAUAGCCUGAUAUAAACACGAGAGGGGUUGGGAGAAUUCGAGACAGUUAUGCAAAGCCAAGAUGAAGUCGAGGGUUUGCAUAACUGUCGAGAAUUCUCCCAACCCCUCAAGUGUUUACAUCAGGAUAUGCAAACACAGGAAAAAAGUUUUCUAUUGCUUUUAUAAAACAACUUUCCUAAGAAAAAAAGCAAAACUCUCUUGUGUAGAGCAUUGAUUAAAAGCGAAAUUCUUGCCAGUCGCGAAGUCUUGUACACGAAGCUUGAGUGCAUAAUCAGUCUUUGUUUUGCAAAAAAGGUGCUUUCCAAACUAUGGGUUUUUCUCGCUUAAAAUGUCAGCUCAAGCGAAAAAAAAUUGACACAGCAUGCUUCUAAAGAUUUUUCAAGUUUCAACCGAUGCGGAAAUGGGUAAAUAAAGUAAACUUGUCGAGUUUUUCAACUAAAACCCUUUUUCAAAUUCCUGCUUGCUUGAUUAGCGUGCCAAAAGCAAAACAUCUUGACGUCACAACCAUGUUUACAUACUCUCAUGCAAACAUGCCUCUCAGCCAAUCAGAGCACGCAUACAAUUUUAGUUAUUUUAUAAAUAGUGGUGAAAAGGGAAUUGGUAGGCCUGUGUGACUACUCUGGGCCAGUAAACUUUGGGAACAAGACAAGACAAGACAAGAACUUUAUUUAUACCACACACAGAAAAAAAGACAUAAUACUGGUAAUCAUGGACAUUUUUUGAUUCUUGAUUCACUGUUUCUAAACAUUCCAAGGAUGAAUCUACCAAAAAUAAAUUUGAAUUGUCAGGGAAAAGGUGAAAAUCAAAUACAGAAGAGCAGUUACUAAAAUCAUUUAUAUUAUCAUAGAAGGAACAAAAGGGGGCCAAGAUCUGAACCCUGGGGGACACCACAAAUUGGGAACAGUUUGCCUGGAGGCCCUGGUUUAUUUAAUUUUCAUCUGACCCUGAGAUUGUUGGCUCCUUUCAUUGCUUUACCAUGUGAGGUAAUGGUGGAGCCAAAGUGCACAUUAUAAUAUUUUAUUUUGUCUGCCAAAAUUAAUAGACUGAAAUUGCUGUUAUUAUUAAUUUUGUAACAUGCAGGACAGUGGUGGAUUUCAGAUGGUAUCACUCUUAAAAUUAGCUGAAAUUACUGAGGAAGGUGUCAAGUUCCAAUCACCUCAUGAUGGAAGAGAAAUGUUACUCACACCUGAAAAAUCAACUGAGAUCCAGAAUUCUAUUGGAGCUGAUAUAAUUAUGCAACUGGAUGAUGUGGUCAGCAGUACUACUACAGGUGACAUGCUAAGAAUAUUGAGUUUUUCUUUUUGCAAAGCUACAUGUGCUUUAUUAGUGAAUUUUGUAUUGUUUUGGUCAGAUCUUAUUCAAUCUAGCCCUUACAUUUGCAGCGCAUCUUAAAAAAGACUUUCGUUCCUGCAUUUUUUCAUAUCUGCAUUUUUAAAGAUCUGUAUCGAUAACCUAUUUGAUAACCUUGAGUCUGGAAAAAAAACUUAUCGUUUCGGAAAAAAGUCUGGAAAAAGGCUUGAAUUCUGGAUCCAAAAAUCUGUACGAACCUUGUGUUAACAUAGAAACAUAAAAUUGUGUCUUAAUCACUGAAGGUUAGUAGACACAGUUGGUGAUAGAUAGCAGUAUGUGUCCUUGCUGAGAAGGAAGUGUAUCCAAGCAUUUAGAGCACAGGACUUACAAUCUAGAGUCCGCGAGACCACUAGCUGUCCACUAGCUGGAUAUAUUGCUAGGCUAACUGGCUCAAAAUAGAUUGCUGACAACAUACUGAUUAAUCAUUAUAAAAGGUCCCAGAGUAGAGGAGGCUAUGAAGCGUUCAAUAAGGUGGCUGGACAGAUGCGUUGCAGCACAUGCAAGACCAACUGAACAGAAUCUGUUUGCAAUCAUUCAGGGAGGACUGGAUCCUGAAUUGAGGAGGACUUGUGUAGAAGGUAACAGUAAAGCUUGUCUCAUUCUACAGUCACUAUUAUCUCUCAUUAUUAUUAUUAUUAUUAUUAUUAUUAUUAUUACUAUUAUUAUUAUGGGACUCGACUGUCAGAAGUUUUUAAGAACUCUCGCAAAUAAGCUUUCGACUAAGAACACUGAACCCUACGCCAGCGUUAUUUCCUGGCUUCAAAUACAGCUCUUAUUUGCUAUAUUUAAUAAGAACUGUACACAGACGCGUCAGAGAUUCUAGAUAUCCAUUUAAAUCACGUGAGGUCUCAGAAGACUUCACUUUCGGUGUAGCUGGUCUACAUCUGCACUCACAAUUUAAGGCCUAGAUUUUUGAUAGUUUUUUUCUUAAUAAUGCUUAAUUUUCCUUUUCCCACUUUUAAAUUAUUCACAAUUGUAAAUAGUUUUCUAUCGUGGACAUAUAUUUAGUUUUUAAUUUGUAAACAAUACGAUAUAGUUGAAAAUUGUAAAUUUUUACUAACUUAUUGUUCUGAUACUUAAAUAAAGGUUGGUUUAUUAUUAUUAUUAUUAUUAUUAUUAUUAUUAUUAUUAUUAUUAUUAUUAUUAUUAUUAUUAUUAUUGUCUCUACUAUCACAGUCUUUGCUGGUGUUCUUUUUGUGCAUCAGCCAGGUGCAAACCACGCACUUAGAGCGUCAGUCACUCAAGUCAAUCAUUCUGUUCAUACACUCAGCACCUUUCUGAGGAUUCAUGCAGAUCCCAGCAUGCAGAUCUUUUGAAUCUCUGUCAUAGUAGCUCUCUCUGAUACUUUCUUGAUGUUUUGUACCAUACCCUUCUUCACUGUACCAAGCGCACCAACAACCACAGGGAUCACUACGGUUUUCAUAUGCCACAUUCUCUGUAUUUCUAGUUCUAGGUCUUUGUACUUGCAUUUUUUUUCAGUUUCCUUCAGUGCGAUGUUUCUAUCCGAUGGAACAGUCAAAUCAAUAAGUUUGCAGGUGGAAUUCACUGAAUCUUUAACGAUGAUAUCUGGUCUGUUCGCUAUUAUAGGUCUCUCAGUAUUGACUUGCAUGUCCCACAUGAUGGUGAUGUUGUUAUCUUUAUUGUGUAUCACGUUCUCUGGUUCGUGUUCGUACCAUUUGUCUGUAAUCUCUAUAUCAUGAUCUUUACAUAUGCUCCAAUGGAGAUAUGUUGCAGCAUUAUUGUGCCUGGAGAUGUACUCUGUUUUGGCUAAUACCUCACAUCCAGAUACAAUAUGGUCCACUGUCUCUUCAUGUUGCGAACACAAUCUGCAUUUGCUCUCCACUUGCUGGCCACAUAUUACUUUCUGGUAGUUUCUGGUGUUUAUUGCCUGGUCUUGAGCUGCUACAAGUAGUCCCUCUGUUUCUGCUUUCAAAUUACUUGACAACCAUUUGUUGGUGGUGACUGUGUCUAUUAUUAGUAUUAUUAUUAUUAUUAUUAUUAUUAUUUGAAAGCAUUUCCCCAUUUGGGAUUGGCUCUAUUAAUCCCCCAACUAACUAAUUCUUCGUAAUAGGCUAUCACCUACUCGCUCCCCUUAAAUUCAAGCUUUUUAGUAUUUCAAGAACUAGGCACUUUCCACCAUCUUUUAUUUUCACCAGAGGUACAAAUAUGCGGACGCGACAGAAAACAAUUUUUUUCUGGGCAAACCUUGGUCUAAAAAUAACCCAAAGUGUGAAUUGGAGAUGGAGGCUUCAGGUGAUAGGCUUGUGUAUGGCUUACAUGUAUUCAAUAAAGAUCGUAUUAUUUUACUCACCAGAAAUGGUAAAACGCAACACACCCGGUAUAGCUAUUGGUGGCUUAAGUGGUGGAGAAGAGAAGUCAUUGUUUUGGAAGACCGUCUCUCUUUGUACAGAUCUGCUACCAAAGAGCAAACCAAGAUAUCUUAUGGGGGUAGGGUAAGUCAUAUGACCUAAAUUAGCCGUCUUUUAACAAGGUUGAAUCACCCACCAUGUCUUUGGGGUCGUGGAGCCGGGUUUCAAUUGACUGGUGUAUUAGUUUUUCAUGUAUGAUGUUAUUUAUGGGAUCAAGCUUUUUCCAAUAGAUACACUGUCAAACUGUUCAUGUGUUCUGUUGUAAAUGUGAAAUUCAAUACUAACAAGCCUGCUCUCGACAAAGCCAUCUUCAUCAUUUUUUAUGCUGCUUGCAAACUGUACAGUAAAUUACCAGUUGAUUACACAUCACACUUUUUCCAUCAGGAAUGGGAAAACGAGAUUUCUCUCCUAUCCCCUUGGGCUUGCUCGAUCGCUACCUCUACAAUCUCAACUUUUUCUUUUUAGGUUUAUCUGGGGGAAUGAAACGACCCUUCAACACCCCUAUUGUUGAUAGUCACUUAAACAUGAAAAUUAUCCGAGUAAAUUUUUGCCGAGGUAAAACUGGUCACACGAUGCAACGCAGUUACACUGACCUAGGUAAAGUUGCCUCGUGUAACCUUGGCUGAUGAAGCCUAUACCAGUGAUUUUUCCCUUAAGGUUUAACUUGCGAGCGUACGUAAAUUUUAUGCGCGUAAAUGAAAUAGAGGCAAUGUAUAGAAGGUCACGCGUAAACGCAUAAGUUGAACCUCGCUCAACUUUUACGUUUACGCGCACCCUGUCAUACAUCACCUCUAUUUUAUUUACGCGCGUAAAAUUGACUUGCCUACGCACGUGAAAAUUACGCGACAGUGGAAAUCCACCCUUACCCACGCCGUUCUGUUGAUUUAUUUCUAGUUAUGCGGUGGAUCUGGUGGUGUGUUGUGCGUUAGGAGUGGACAUGUUUGACUGUGUUUAUCCGACUAGAACGGCGGUAAGUAGUCUCUGAAAAAUGCUGCAUAUUAAUAUUUGAACAAAUAACAGCGGCCAACUGCGUAAACUGUCUUUACUUAUGCGCCGAUCAAUUCGAAACUUCAACAUCCCCUUCCCAUCAUUCUCCUUCCUCCCUCUCAACGUCGUAACAGGACAAUGCAGGCCUGUUUAAACUCAGUAGACGGCAACUACUUUGUAAGGCCCCAUAUAGCCUCUCUAAAGAUUGUCGAGUACGCGUAUGGAAAUAAAAACCGCGAGGACUUUAUUGACCGUAAGUGCAAGGGAGUGGUGGUGGCGAAAAGAGAAGUCUUUAUCUCGCGCGCUCGCUUCGCUCGUGUGCUAUCGAAUUAUUGAAAAAAAAAAAAGAUAAACGGCUGUCGACAGGCUAGGUCCCGUCAAGGGAGAAUGAUCUUUGGCCCCGUAGAGGUAACCACCUUGACAUCUAUGAUUUUGGAUCGACAAAUGAAAACACAAAAUUUGACAGUCCAUUAUACGUAACACACUAUCGUUUACUUCAUUACCUAAAUACACGGCGGCGAGGUAGACGUAAGUUUGUUUCCCCCUUUUGUGACACGUUCCGUUUAGACUUUUUGUCACUGAAACUUUCAUUCUUAAAACCCUAUCGAACCCUAUUUCUUAGCUGUUUGUGUAAAGUAAUUAAUUUACCUUUUCUAAAGCCCACCCCGCUCCUCUUAGUUUGGGGCAAAAAGUGUACGUAUUAUGAACUAAAUAUUCGAUCGAAGCUUGAAUCUGAUUCCUCCCAAAAUGGCGGAAACGCGCCCUUACGCGCUUGAAACUGGAACCGGUGAUUUGAUUAGCCAAACAUAUAUUAAAUAGAUCGCCUUGUACUUAUGCUUCGUUCCGUUUUCGCACAACAUUGAACCCGAACGCGAGUAAAAUAAAAGGAAAAUUUAGAUCCUUGUGAUCAUGAAUCAUGAUUAUCCUUGUAUGCGUGGUUAUGCUUGUGUUCAGGCCGUUUUUACAGCACUUGUGCUUGCCUCAUCUGUGAAAACCAGGCCUUACAGAAGAUAAGCAAAUUACUUUGCAAAAUCUGUCUCACAUUGCAGAGAUUUGGCACAGCAUUAGUACCGUGGGGUCAACUACACUUGAAACAUAAGCAGUAUGUUACGGAUCUCAAGCCCAUCGACAGAGACUGUGGAUGUUCAACUUGCAAGCAUCAUUCUAGAGCAUACAUCAAUAGCUUACUGGGAAGGGAAGAGGUGGCUUGUCACUUAAUAACUAUACACAAUAUAUAUUAUCAGGCAAGUAUUCUGUGUUAAUAAGGCCCAGACGACUCACGUUCUAACGCUUCCUGAAAUGUUGGGCGCAACAUGUUUCCUCCACGUGACAGCUUACAUGUAUACAGCUGUUUCGAGAAACAUUGACGGAAAAAAAUGUGCACGUGACAACCCCAAAAGAUAAUAUGGGAUAUGAUCAAUACACUGUUUCUGACACUGAAACUGUCGAAGCUACUUUUGUUGCUUGCCUUUAGCACUCCCAAACAUACGUCCAUGGCCUCUCGUGACAUUCUUUCAAAUUUCUUUGAAAAGCAGUGAAUACAAAACCACGCACAAUACCUUUCGGGAUUGUCGCGAGCACUUUUUCCGACAACCUUUCUGGAAAUAGCUGUAUAUAGCUGCCAGUGCGAGGUGAAGUAGAUUGCAGCCCGUUUUUUGCGUAGAUCAAGAACGCGCGGAUUCGUGAGUCAAAGUGGAUUUCCACUGUUGCGUGAUUUUUACGUGCCUGCGCACCGUAAAUUUUACGCGCAGGUCGCGUGUAAACGUUUAAGUUGAACGUCGCUCAACGUUUACAUUUAUGCUCCGUAGUUCAAGUAAAGUAAAGGAAUUUUUUCAAUACCCUUUCAGAGAAAAUUAUCUAUUCCAUGCUCCUUCAUAAAUUGCCUCUAUUUUAAGAACGUACCUAAAUUACGCGACGGUGGAAAUCCGAUUUACGGUCGGUUCGCCAACGUCCUGUUCGCUAACUUCGAUCUGUUGGAACUGCUUCACAGUCAAUCUUUUCCAGCUUUCUUGACCGCUACAAAUAAUUUUGUAGCAAACUGAACCAGCUUGAUCCUUAUAUGCGAUCCUCCAGUGGUAACAAUUCCUUUCAGCUUUAAGGGGAAUAAUCAUCAAAGUACUAACCAUUUCUCUGAUUUGAUGAGCCCAAUUAGAGGGCUACCUGAAUCCACCACUGUAGAUUUCAUACUAAUGGUUAAAAUCAGAAGUUAUCAAUCUCUUUCGCUUGCUUACAUGUAUUAUUGGCAAGCAGUCAAGUAUAGCCUGAUUCUCAGACGCUCCAGUUCGCUCGCGGUCACACACUCUCUCCCUUCCACGUUGUAGAAGGGAGAUUGUGCGCGGCCUCAAGCGACCUGGGGCCCGUUUCUCGAAAGUCCCGGUAACUUUACGGGCCCGAAAUCAAAUAUUCAAAUCGAAAUAUAAACAAGAGGAGCGCGGGUCAUGGCCAGCAAACUACUCCAUUUUGUUUCAUUAACUGACAGUUUUAUCGUGUUAGAUGCAAAACUAUUGAAAACUCGAUCUUUAAUGUAAACGGAGACAGUUUACCGGGCCCGUUAAUUAUCGGGACUUUCGAGAAACGGGCCCCUGGAGCGUCUGAGAAUCCAGAGAAUCAGACUAUAAAGAGUGUCGCUGGAGAUGUAUAAGAAAACCAAACUCAAUAAGAGAACUAGAACUAGAGAGCAUAUAAAGUUGGAAUUUUUUUCGCUUAAGUAGGCUGUUUUCAUCUGUUUUAGAUGCAGCUGAUGCGAGACAUAAGAGAAAGCAUCAAGAAAGACAAUUUUCCUGAGUUUGUUCGAGGCUUCAUGAACAAAAUGUUCCCAGAUAAAAGUUAUCCAAACUGGGCUCAAAGUGCCCUAGCUUCUGUCAAUAUAUUUUUGGAUACUCAGCAA